AUGUCGGAUAGGGAUUUACUUGGCCGAAACAUCGAGCUACUACCGAUUCCCAGUCGUCUCAAGAGUGCAUACCAUCUCCUUCAAAGUGCGUCAUCACGAGACUCAGAUAGAAGGCCAAGAGAAAACUCAUCAGAUGAUGAGGAAACACAAAGCAACAUUAAACGAGGUCUAUCGCGUUAUGGCUCCCGAUUUGAAGGCUGGAAGUUUACCAUACUCUUGGCUUUCAUAACCUCGUUGAUUGUUCUGCUAUUCAACGUGGGAUUUCUGCUCUACACCGCUGCACAUCCCCGCCGAGACGACAUAAAGCUUUACCCUACUAAAUAUCAGAAUGCAUAUUCCCGGGGCGAGCUCCAUGGCGCAAACACUGUUUUGUACAAUUCCGCAAUCUACGAAACAACCGCAGUCUUCGCUUACGAUGUAUUCGCCGGCCCUGGGUCUCUGGCGCACAAGAAUGUGACAGACUUGUAUAUGUCAGGUUAUGUGAACCAUCGAGAAAAAGGGGAUAGCCUUGACUCCUUCCAACAUCUCUUGCACGCAGCAACGAACGGCACUCUUGACCGUCUACAAGGGACCGAAUGCUUAGAUGCAUUUGCACAGAUCUUCCAGAAAACAUACAGCAGACUCUUAAUUGUGACCGGUGAUGUUGUAAUAGCAAAUGAUUCAUACGAGCACGUCUACACAAACCCCGUAUUUAACCCGAACGAGUACGUGUCCAGCAGUACUGGUCCAUACGAUUGGCUAUGUCUCGAUUUUCCGCGGGAUCCUGGUACACGGCCUGAUUGCAACGUCAACAGUAUCCCAAAAAUUUCAACACAGAUCGCCAAGAACAACUGGACUGUGACCCACUACAAAGUUGACUACUGCCUGGCUGAGAAGCAGCAGGAACAUUGCAAGCUGCAAUACUCUCUCCCAAUAACGAUUAUUGUGAUUACGUUUAAUAUAUUCAAGGCUGGAAUCCUGUUUUAUAUGUGGUUUAAGAUACCCGAUACUGAUAUUCCGAUCUUGACUAUCGGCGAUGCCAUUGCUUCCUUCCUACGUCAACCAGACCGCUGGAUCACCGCCAACACGAUCUGUAUUUCCCUCCUCUUAUACGGACUCGCCAGGAUUGGAAAAGGGGUCGACAUCUGGAAGCAAGAACUAGGAAGCACCGUCACCGACACCCUAAUAAAAGGCCCCAAGUGGCCAGACACAUUGGAAUUGAACGUCAUCAUUGCCAACGCCCCACAACUUAUCUUUUCAUUCCUCUACUUCGCUUUCAACAGUCUAUUGACCACAAUGGCUCUCGGAGCUGAAUGGAGCGGAUAUGCCAUCCACCGUAAAGGCCUCCGCGUCUCGAACAACGCUCAACUAUCCCAGCGAAGCCAAUACUUCCUUUCUAUACCCUAUCGCUACUCAAUGCCUCUCUUAGCCGCCUCAGCCACCCUUCACUGGCUAAUAUCGCAAAGUUUGUUUACGGUCGGGAUCGAAGCGUUCGAUAGGAAAGUGCUUAGGGAUGUUAACCAAGACAUAACUACCUGCGGUUACUCGCCCAUCGCGAUAGUCAGUGCCGUCACGGUUGCAGCCUUCAUGUUCUUUUGUCUCUUGGGGCUUAGUGCCAAACCGUUUAAGACGGGAAUGCCGGUGGCGGGGAGUUGUAGCCUUGCAAUUUCUGCCGCCUGUCAUCCGGGCUUUGACCCAUACGAAAAUAGGGUCGUACACUCGGAUUAUGAGGAUGAUGAUAUGGCGCUUUUGCCUAUUAAGUGGGGAGCGGUGCCGGUCAAUGGCAGUAUCGGUCAUUGCAGCUUUACGUCAGAACAUGUUGAUAUGCCUAAGACAGGGAAGAUAUACAGAUGA